AUGUGUUUCUCCGUGUCACUGAUAUUUGUGCCGAUUCACCUGAUCCAUGCUAAGAAUGUGUUUUUGUUACUUGGACAUGGAUAGCUAAACAAACUGGUUCAGUUUGGAACUGUGUGUAUACAGCCGUACCUGGAAUUUAGUAUUGGCCCCUCUCAUGCAUUUAACUACCCUUUCUAGCUACUUUUUUACUUCAAACCAGCAACCUGUUCUCAAUAGCUCUCUAUUUCCACCUUGAAUAGAUCCCUCCUCCUUUCUUUUGUUCCUUUCCUUUCCCUUCCUCUUACUCAGUUUCUCUCACUAACCCUGAUUCAAUCUCUUCCUCUCCUCUCCUAUCCUAUCUCUUUAUGUCUUUCUCUUCCUCACUUCUUCUUCCACUCUACUCUGCUGUAGUUUCAUUCAUAUAUGCAAACAGACACACAGAGUGACAAGUGAAGAUCCCCAGACACUGGUUUUGCGUCACAGGAGCACAAGCCGAGCCUCUUUUGUAUGCAGUUUAGCCAGCUCAGCUGUACAGUGUGCAGACGGUGGAGGAUGAGAGGAGAGGCGGGGGCUUCAAAAUCAUCAGAGUCAUUGCUUUUUUUCUGCCAAUAAAGCUGUGAGAGGGAUAUCUACAUGUUUUGGUCAUCGUAAAAUCAAGAGAAAUGUUCGAGGUUGUCAGCGGGGUACAGUUGAGACACAUACCCACACCAUAGAAUCCUAUUGCGGCCCAUGCAGUUUAGUUGCACGAUGGUUUUCUUACAGGAUCCAACCAGGCAGCUAUGAUGGUUGGAAAGCCAGUCAGGCAGUGGAGGUCCAUCUGUAAGGGACUGAUCCUGGGUGCGCUGCUGACCACCUGCAUGAUUCUUUUGUACUGCCUGUCGGCCCCAGAGGUCCAAUAUGGCCUGCAAGAGGUCCCAGUGCCUUACUCAUGUGCUCAUCGCCCUUCUGCCGCCCACUCCUCAACAAUCUCAAACGACUCCCAUCAUGCCUCUGGGCAGGGAAUCUGCACUCCAAAAGUGGACAUCAUGUUUAUGAAAACCCAUAAAACAGCUAGUAGCACUUUUCUCAACAUUCUCUUUCGCUUUGGCGAAAAACACCACCUUAAAUUUGCUUUCCCCAACAGCCGCAAUGACUUCUUUUACCCCUCACCUUUCCAUCGCUCCCAAGUGAAGGACUACAGGCCUGGAAUGUGUUUUAACAUCAUCUGUAAUCACAUGCGUUUCAACGCUGCUGAAGUGGCCAAAGUGCUUCCAGCAGACACCUCGUACAUCACAAUCCUCCGGGACCCGGCUGAUCUCGCUGAGUCCUCGUUCCACUAUUUUGGACGUGUUGUACCUCUCACAUGGAAGCUUUCUGGGGACGAUAAGCUGAGAGAAUUCCUGACAGAUCCAAAGCUUUACUACGACCCAGAAGGAUUCAAUUCGUUCUAUCUCAAAAACUUGCUUUUCUUUGACUUUGGACAGGAUAAUAACUUACAUCCAGAUGACCCGAAGGUGGAUGAGGCCAUUCGUGCAAUCGCCAAGCGCUUCCAAUUGGUAAUGCUUGUGGAGUAUUUUGAAGAGUCGCUCAUCCUGCUCAAAGACAGCCUCUGCUGGGACAUGGAGGACUUGCUUUUCUUCAAACUCAAUGCCCGGAAAGGUUCAACCAUUUCGAAACUGACUCCAGAGCUCAGGGCCAAGGCGCUGGAGUGGAACGCCAUUGAUUGGAAGCUUUACCAGUAUUUCAACGCCACCUUCUGGCAUAAAGUGGACGCUUACGGCCGUGAGCGCAUGGCGAGAGAUGUCGCAGAGCUGCAGCGCAGAAAUGCAGAAAUGGCUUCCAUUUGCAUUGAAGGAGGCCACGCUGUUGACGCAGGAAGCAUCGUGGAGACUUCCAUGCAGCCAUGGCAACCCUUCGGUGAGAAGUCGAUUAUGGGAUACAAUCUGAAAAAGAAUGUCGACAAAGCACACCGAAAGCUCUGCAGGAAGAUGCUCACACCAGAGCUGCAGUAUCUCACCGAUAUGGGCGUCAACCUGUGGAUAACGAGACUGUGGGGUCACAUUCGAGAGAUCCUUCACUGGUAGAUCAGAGGAAAUGUUUUGCUUAGGUGAAAGGUCAGCACUGACUUGUAUGCAACAGACCUAAAACCUGUUUUUCUGUGUCAGAAAGAAAUAAAAACAUUAAAAGGCAUGACUGAAUAAAACAUUUUCAUAUUUAUAUGAAUCUCACCUAAAUAAGUGGUGACAGUCACAUAUUUAACAUGUUAGUUUUGUUUAUAAAUGUACUGUAAAGGCCCUUUGACGGCAAGAACGAUAACUAUAAUGAUAUCUUUAUUAGCAUCCACACCAAAUGCACGAUAACUUUGUUUAUUAUAGGCGUGUCCUGCAGUAAUGUCUUCUGCUGUUUUAAAGGGUUUGUUCACCCAAAAAUGAAAACAGUUUAUCAUUUACUCACCCUCAAGUCGUUCCAAACCAGUAAGACUUUUGUUCAUCUUUGGAACACAAAUUAAGACAUUUUUAAUGAAAUCUG